AUGCCAGCCAAGGAAGACUCAUGGGCCUUCGUGCCGAUCGGCGCCCCGUUCCCCGACAACCCGGUCCGCGUGAAGGACCAGCAGAACAUGUACGUGGCGCUGUGGUACAAGUUCGGCAAGCCGAUCCACGGGCGUGCCUGGAACAACAACGGUGUCGUCGAGUGCUCCUUCCCAUACUCAAAGGUCGAGCUGACUGGCAAGCGCGACCUGGGUGGCCAGAUCCAGAUCCUGACGUAUCAGGGCGACUUCGCCUCCUUGGGCUAUUGGUAUGAGUGGCUGCCGAUCAAGAACAUCGAGGAGAAGGUCCCGCAUUUGGAGCUCGUCCGCUGCGGCAUGUCCUGCCCAGUCAUCAUCAAGACCAAGAAGGGUGAAACCCUCCUCGGCUACUACGGAAUGGACACGGGCAUCGCCAUGGUCGGCUACGAUGGAAAGAACGAGCAGAUAUCUGGCGAGACCGUGAAGGAGAUGCUCACCAUCUUCCGCAACCUCAAGCCCAAGCCCACCGGCAUCAAGGUCUACGACGACAUCUGGAUCGACCUGAAGUACCGCGACGCGUUCCCCAAGCUCCCCGUGCGUGCCGAUGAUCGUGGCCUGAAGAUGGAGGACGGGUCGACGCACAACCAAUACGUCGCCCUGUGGUACAAGCACGGACAGCCGCUGUUCGGCCGUGCCUAUCCCGAUGCUGGCGACAAGGUGCUCGCCAACUUUGGCUGGGACAAGCAAGAGAAUGCUGGCGCCGAGAUUGGAUCCUUCCAGAUGAUCACCCUGCCACCAGAGGGCUCUCGCGGCCUCGAAUACAAAUGGAUCCCCUACACACAGGCCAAGGCCAAGGGCGAGUUCACGCCGGUGAACGUCGGCGACUGCGCCCCCUGUAUCCUCACCGACGGCAAGAAGGAGCUGCUCGGCAACGUCCACUUUGGCCAGGAGCGCGCCUCGGCUGGUCUCAACGGCACCGAGUGGGCUAUCGUCGGCCCGGCUGUGGGCCCUCUGCUCGUGCUGUGCAAGCGCCGUGCCGCC